CACCAAAGAAGACCUUUCCUUAUUUGGACGACCAAGAUUUUUCCUCACAAAAUCAAAAUCCCCUUCAUCCUGAGUUCUUUCUUCUUCGUCGUUCCUCAAUUCCCAAACCCUAAUUGCUACAAUUAGGGUGCGAAUUGGGGAUUUUCCAAUCCUGAGCGAUUUCUAAAAGCUCUCGCCUUUGCGAAUAGGCAACCACCAUGCGCCUCCAAUUCCCCAAACCCAUAUGCUCUUUCCUCAUCAUAACCAUCGCCAUAAUCUUCGCCGUUAGCUCCGUCCCCACCGUUCGAUCCGACUACUUGUCCUCGAUCACUGGAUCCUUAGAUAAAAACUAUGGUGACUGCAUCCAGACCAAGCCCGCGUCCUGCCCCGUGAACUGCUUCCGGCCCAACCCGGUCUGCGGCACCGACGGCGUGACCUACUGGUGUGGCUGCCCCGACGCGGCCUGCGCCGGAACCACGGUCGCCAAGAUGGGGUUCUGCGAGGUCGGCAAUGGCAGUCGCGAGCCGGGCCCUGUCUCGGGCCAGGCCCUCCUUCUGGUCCAGAUCGUCUGGCUCAUCGUGCUCGGCUUCUCCGUCUUGUUUGGGCUUCUCUGAUGGGCUUGGGCUUCUCUGGGGUUCAUAUCAUUGAUUGAUUGAUUGGUCAGUUUUUUUUGUUAAAGAUUUUGUUUUGAGAAUUUGUGUGCGUGUGUAUGAGAGAGAGGCAUGUGGUUCAUUUCUUUCUUGUGUAUGUAAGAGACGAAUAUAUACGGAUAGGGUUUGUAUUGUCCUCCUAUUCUUUUUAUUAUAUGUAUAAACUCCCAUUCUUUUCUU